UUUUCUUCAGCAAAUUGUACGCGCGGCACACGGAGCACUUUUUGGUGGUGGUGUCGACAUAUAGGCGCGUAGUAAAUGUAUCUUUUUUCUCCGCCACAAACCGAUAUUUUUUGUAUUGUUUACUUAACUGUGGAGUGUGUGUGGUUGAAUGUCCAUCACCUCUCGGUACUCAAAAAGUGCUGAAACCAAUACGUGUCACUCGUGUGCCGUGAUUAGAAUUACGUUGAGCGGCAGUGUGUCGCAUGAAUCUCGGCGCAAACAAUAAUUAGCAUUUUUUGAUAGCACAAAACGAAACCAUGGCCGACGCUGUAGAGGAAGUGAUUGCACAGAUCCACGAGAACCUGACCCUGACCACAACCGUUGACGGGGCCGGCGAAGAAGGGGGCGCAACGAACGCAACCGGGAAAACUCCCUCGACUCCAGAAGGCAUGGCGCUAGCAUAUGGCACAUUGGUCGUGAUGGCCUUACUUCCCAUCUUCUUCGGCUCGUUGCGUUCGGUGAAGCAUCAUAAGGAGCAAUCGACGGCGUUUGCAAAAACUGGCGAAAAACCGGACACGAUGUCCUCUAAGGACGCAAUGAUGUUCCCCAUAAUGGCAUCGUGCGCCCUGUUCGGGCUGUAUAUGUUCUUCAAAAUCUUUUCGAAGGACAACAUCAACUACCUGCUGACGGGAUACUUUUUCAUUCUUGGUGAGAUGGCAUUAUCGCAUUUGCUCAGUCCGGUGAUUAGCUCACUGAUACCAGCCUCUAUACCCAAAAUUCCAUACCACCUGUCGUUCGUACAAGGGCCACAAGAGGGUGGUGAAAAAAAGAGCAAAGACAAGAAGUACCUCAUCGACUACCGGUUCUCCACGCACGACGUUGUGUGUUCUAUUGUGGCACUCAUCAUCAGUGUGUGGUAUCUGCUUCAAAAACACUGGAUCGCCAACAAUUUGUUGGGCCUGUCCUUCGCCGUCAAUGGCGUGGAGUUGCUGCAUCUGAACAACAUCGCUACCGGCUGCAUUCUAUUGUGCGGUCUAUUUGUGUACGACAUCUUCUGGGUAUUUGGAACAAAUGUGAUGGUCACGGUAGCGAAAUCGUUUGAAGCACCUAUUAAGAUAGUGUUUCCGCAGGAUCUCUUGACGAACGGGCUGUCGGCAUCUAAUUUUGCCGUACUGGGACUAGGCGAUAUUGUCAUUCCAGGAAUUUUCAUCGCGUUGCUGCUACGCUUCGACAACAGCUUGAAGCGAAAAAGCAAGACAUACUUUUACGCAACAUUCAUCGCGUACUUUAUUGGACUUCUGGCAACGAUAUUCGUCAUGCAUGUGUUCAAACACGCACAGCCCGCUCUUUUGUAUUUAGUGCCUGCAUGUUUAGGCACACCACUUCUGUUAGCGGUGCUCAAAGGCGAUCUGAAGAAACUGUUAGCAUACGAAGACCACCCGGAGGAAAAACCAUCCAAAGAGAAGGCGCCAAAAAAUAGCAACGCAAACGCCGAGAAAACCACACCACCCACGAAAAAAGAAACAAAAAAGAAGGAAGCGAAAAAGUCCAAGUAAAACCGAUCUCAUUCACCCGACAGCCCGGUACCUUCUCCUUUUUUCACUUUCAACCUCGUCCAGGAUUGAUUGUGACCUUGUUUAAAUUCUAUAAGUAUUCACAUAACUGUGGAAGUAAUGAACCUAAAUUCUACAAUCACUUUCGAGUUUGUUAACUGCUCUUUCGUGUAAUAUGAUAGUCCAGCUUAUCAAAAUUAGCGAUAAGAAGAUCAUCGUAAACAAAUCUGACUUGAACUAUGCUAGACAUUUAUUGAGCUUAAUGUGUUUUGCGCGGUAAGCUAUUUUGGGAUGUAAAUUAUUAUAACGAAAUUCAAUUUUGCUUUCAUUGAACCAACCAUUUACUACACUCGCCGUGAAGGAAAUUAAUUCUUUUCCCCCUAACAAUAGUUCGUGCAAAUAACAAUAAAACACCAACAGCACAAACUUACUAGGUUACAGUAGCGCCUUAAUUAACAGCGACAAGUUUUCCUGAGAACAACGCAGACUGGGACUAAUUGACUGAAAACCAAUAUAUUGUUUAAAUGAAACGCGCCGUCGCAUUAUAAUUCACUCCUUACGGGAGGACUGCUUUAAAACGGCAUAACCGACGUGUUAGAAAAAUAACAUCCUAGACAAAUGUGAUACAGCAGCCGUGGGAAGAAUAAAUUGUGGAUACUGCCGGGCAUAAGGGAUGCUAGAAUGUACGACGCAGCUUUGGGAUGUUAAAUACAGAAACGGGAAUAGGGGUUCCAUUGUAUAGAGCUUUCAGACAGCGUAAAUGGAAAGCACUGACGCGAUGUGUGCAAUUCCAAUAAAGUAUUUAAAU